ACGGACUUUGGCAGCCAUUCAAUGACCCACCACACCAGACGCUCGCUCAUCUCUUCCACCCCUCCUGCCGCUGCCUCCUUUUUCGCCCUGCUUCCCACUUCCUCCUCCACGUCUCCACCCACACUCUUCGCCCACACUUUUCACCCGCUCCUCUUCCUCCUCCUCCUGCUCCUCUGCCGCUGCUUCCGCCAUGGCGUCGUUCGUCGCGCACCACCACGGCUCGCUGGUGGAAAGGGAGGGGAGGAUGGCCGCCCUGAGGAGUAGCCUCAGGCCGUACGAGGCGGCCGAGGAGAUGGCCGCUGCUGCGGCUGCCGGGCCGGCGGCGUGGGGGGCGGUCGACAGGGGUGUCGGGCUCUUUGGGGAGGGGUUCUCGGUGGAGGACCUGCUGGACCUUGAGGACCUCUGCGAGGUGGACAAGGAUGGCGCCGAACAGGGCGAGGCGGCGCCGAAGCCGGCGGCGGCCGUGGAGGAAGACAAGUCCAGUGACUCCCACGGGUCGUCGGUAGUUUCCUACGAGCUCAUGCCGCCACCGCCGCCGGUGAUUGACCUGCCACUGCCGGCGCAUGACGCGGAGGAGCUGGAGUGGGUGUCCCGUAUCAUGGACGAGUCGCUCUCCGAGCUCCCGCCGCCGCCGCAGCCGCAGCCGCAGCUUCCUGCGGCGCCCUUUGCAGCGCGGCGGUCGCUGGAACGCGUGCUGUCGGCAACAGACCCUAUGCGGAGCCCGACCAUAUGCGCGCUGUCGACGGAGGCGCUGGUGCCGGUGAAGGCGAAGCGCAGCAAGCGCUCGCGCGCCUCUGUGUGGUCGUUGUCUGGCGCGGCGCCCUUGUCCGACUCGACGUCGUCGUCUUCGACAACCACCACGUCCUCCUGCUCCUCGUCCGCCUCUUUCUCGCCGUUUCUCCUCCUGCCUGACUCGUCCCCGUUCAUGGCUGCGCACUUCCUCGACGAAGCGCCGCGCCCCAAGAAGUUGAAGCACGGCAAGAACGGCAAGUCCAAGCCCAAGAAGCGCGGCCGCAAGCCGAAGCACCACCCGCCGCCCCAGUUCGCUGGUGGCGCCACCUCCCUGCCGGUCCCAGGCGACCGCCGCUGCAGCCACUGCGGCGUCCAGAAGACGCCCCAGUGGCGCGCCGGCCCCGAGGGCGCUAAGACCCUCUGCAACGCCUGCGGGGUCCGCUACAAGUCCGGCCGGCUCCUCCCGGAGUACCGCCCGGCGUGCAGCCCCACCUUCGUGAGCAGCAUCCACUCCAACUCCCACCGCAAGGUGCUCGAGAUGCGCCGCAAGAAAGAGGACGUACCGGUCCCGGUCCCUGACGCGGCGGCGGCCGUCGCAUCGUUCUAGCUAACGCUGUACAUUUUUUUCCGGUGGCAUUAUAAGCCUGUUGUACCGUACUUGGACUCGCCCCCCCCCCCCCCCUCUAUUUAGCUCUAUUGUACUACUAGUAGCUAGAAUUUAGAAGCUUUAUUAGGUCGAGUUUGGCGUAGGGAUUAAGAUUUCCAUGGUUUUUAGGUUUUACUUAGUAGUAGUUUGUUAGGGUAUGGCCAUAGUACUUGUGCCAGUAGUUAAGAACUUGAGGGCGGCUCUUCACAAGGAAAGCUUGUUUGGCCUAUGUGGUUGAGCCGUGCUGAGAGGCACAAGUGACAACAACCAAGUUGGGCGUGCCUUGGCGCGGAACAAGGAAUUGACUGCCGUGCUGCAACCGAGGGAAUUUUUUUAUAUUUUUUUAAAUAUUUCAAGAUUA